AUGAUGACGACAACAAUAACAACAGAAAUCUCGGAAAUUGAUCAUAAAGUUUCAUCAGAACAAUAUCGACUUCAAACAUUUGAAAAUCUAACAUAUUUUCCAUCAAUAACACGUCGUCAAUUAGCUCUUGCUGGUUUUAUUUAUCGAAAUAAUAAAUGUGUAUGUCCACAAUGUGGUGUUUGUAUAAAUCUUGAAGCGAUCGAUGAAGAUUGUGAAUAUACUUCAAAUUAUUUUCGAAAAUUACAUCGACAAAAAGUUUCAUGUCUUGGAAAACGUUGUUCUUUUUUAUUAUGUGAAUCAGGUACAAAUAUUGAUGAUCUUCAUCCACCAUUAUCAUCUCAACAACAACCACAAUGGGAUGAUGCUGAAGAACCUGAAUAUAUGAAUUAUAUAGCACGUCUUCAAUCAUUUGAAUCAUGGCCUGCAUCACAAGAAGAAAUUAAUGGAACACAAGAAACAUUUGUUACACCACAAACAAUGGCUAAACAUGGAUUUUAUUUUUCAGGAUUUAAUGAUAGUGUAACAUGUUUCUAUUGUGGUAAUACUUUAGUUGAUUGGUCAUCAGCAAUACAUUCUACAAAUCCAAAUAUUGUUGAACUUGAACAUGCACGUUUUUUUCCAUGUCGUUUUAUUAUUUAUACAGCUGGUGUCAAAUUUGUUACUAAUGCUGGAUAUUUUCAAAAAAUUUCUGCUCAAGAACGAUCUAAUCGUAAUCCUAUGAUAUCAAAGUCUCUAACUACAUCUAAAAGUAUUGAAAAAAAACCUCAAACAAUUGAUGAAUGUUUAGCAACAUUUGAAAAAUGGCCUCGAAAUGCUCCUAUACCAGCUGAAUCAUUAGCUGCUGCUGGAUUUUAUUAUUUAGGUGAAGAAUUACGAGUUAAAUGUUUUAUGUGUGAUCUUGAAGUUAAUGAUUGGCAUUAUGGUAUGACUGCUAUUAGUACACAUCGUGAACUUAAAAGUGAUUGUCAAGUACUACUUGCAUUGGAUAGUAUUAUAAGUAGUAAUAUAGAUACAGUUAAUGAAAAAUGGCGUCUUGAAACACUUCUUAGUUUACCAUUUAGUGAAACAAAUACAAAUGAUCCUAAUCAAUAUAAAAAUGAUCAACGUUUAUGUUCUGAAUUAGCUGCAUGUGGUUUUUAUCGUGUUAAAAAUACAAAAUUAAUUCGUUGUGCAUAUUGUGAUGUAACAAUUGAACCAAAAUUAGGUCAAUCAAUUAUGUCACAACAUCGUUAUUUAACUAAACAAUCAAUUAAAAAAAAAACAACAACAACAAUAACAAAUAAUCCACACAAAGGACCAAUAGUUGAUUGUCUUAUAGUACGUGCACAAUGUCCAGCUAAUAUUGUUAUACCACAUCGAAAAAGUUUUCCAGAAUAUCCAGAAUAUCAAUCAAUAUUUGAUCGUAUUAAGUCAUUUAAUGAUUCUAAACAACUACAACGAGCUGGCGAUUAUUCUAUACGUGAUAAAGCAGAAGCUGGAUUUUUUCUUGAUAAACAAGGACGUAUGCGAUGUUUUCUAUGUGGUAAUGCAAUACUAAUUAGUGAUAAAAUACGACGAGAAAAAUAUUCACAAUAUAAUAUGGCACAAUUGCAUGCUCAUUUCUAUCCGACAUGUGAAUGGGUCAAAGAAAUACUAGGUGUUAAAUAUAUUGCACAAGUGCUUUAUGAUCAAAAGACUUCAUGGUCAUCGUCUAAUACCGAAUGUACAUAUAUAUCCGAUGGAUUCGAAGACUUAUCAGACGAUGAAGACCUUGAAACCAUAGCUAAACCACCUACUACCUUUGUUAGUAAAAAUAUUCCACUUUCACCAUCACCAGCUCCAUCAGCAUCUCUACAGUCACCUUCUGUACCUGCAUCACCAAAUGAACCAUUAACAACAUUCGGAGCUGAAGAUUGUUCAGAUCCUGUCACUAGUAAUGGUCAUAGUCAACUGACAUCGGCUAUUAUAUCAAAGAUAAAUCCAUUUGUACAAAUUCAGCAAGAACAAACAAAGCUUCCACAUACAGAAGACAGUGGCUCACCAGAAAUAUCAUCUUCAAUUGUACAUGUGUCAUCUAUAUCCUCGCCAGUUGACAUACGCUCUGUACUCGCAUAUGAAUCAAAUCGUUUAGAUACAUUUACAGAACAUAAUCGUGAAACAUUUGCACAAGUUCCUGUUGCCCAUCUUGCUUAUGUUGGAUUUUUUUUAAAUGCUGAAGGUACUGCUAUUCAAUGUCCAUGGUGUGAAGUCUGUUUAACUGAAAAACAAUAUGAAGAUAUUGUGCGUACCAGACCAACUAUUGUUGGUUCUGUGUUAAGUAAUGAACCAUGGACACCAAUGCGUGUACAUCGAUAUGCAAAUGCAAAAAUGAUGAAUCGAACUCGUCCAUGGUGUACAUGGGUUAGACGAGAAGUCGGUGGACUUUAUUCAAAUGUUAAAAUGUUAAAAAAUCAAUUGCUUUAUCCAGAAUAUCCAUCUUAUUCAAGUAUUGAAAAACGUAUUAAAUCAUUUACAUCUGAUUGGAGUUAUCCAAGCGGUACUCUUCUUUCAAAUCAAAUGAUGGCCGAAGCUGGAUUUUUCUAUCUGGGUCAAGAUACUGUUUGUUGUUAUUAUUGUGGUAAUCUAUUACAAGAUUUUGAACCACGUGAUUGUCCAUUUGACGAACAUGCAACAUUUUAUCCACGUUGUGAUUUCAUCCAAAACGUACGCGGUCCUGAUUAUGUCAAUCAAAUAAUAUCAGAAUGCGAACGAAUUCCACAAGGACGAUUCAAAAUUGAAGUACGUGGUGAACAAAUAAUCAAACGUAUUAUAUAUGAUAAAAGUCGUGCAACACAACGUAAAACUGGACGUGCACCAGUAAAUCGAAAGUCUUUAUUUCCAUCUCGUUCAUUCAGUUUAGAUAUCGCAUCUUCUGAAUUAACAGAUGAUGCUUGUCUUCUAUGUGACGCAAAUCCAGCUACACAUGCAUAUGAUCCUUGUCAACAUUCUCCAAUGUGUGAAGAAUGUUCUGGUCGUUUAAAUGAAGAACAACUUCGAAAAUGUAUAGUUUGUUCUCAACCAGCUACAAUACGUUUGCGUGUACUAAUUGAGCCACGUACCAGCUGA